CAGUAGCUACACGUACUUGAUGUCGUUAAAAUCGUCUUUACAUCAAGAUAUAGCAGGAUAUUGUCGAACGGAUCAAGUGUGAUAUUCUCUGUAUACACUGGAAGAUUGCUUGUAUAUACACUUGCAACUGCCUAGCGCUUUCGAGGUCGACAAGACUGGAGAUUUGAAUGAAGAGCGAUUUAUCUUGACAGCUAUAUUUGCACAGUGAACUUUAGACUUGGCCGUUAUCAUGCUCUGCCUUCCAGCUUUGCGUAUAUAACGGAGAUGACAAUCGUUUUCUGAUGAGAUGGAAGUCCACGGGGCAACAGAAGAGAGGUUACAGAUUGCAGCGGAAUCCGUCGGCUGUGGCAUUCCUGGCACAGCGUCCACAGCCAGGGCUGAGCGCGAGUUGAGCAGCUAGGCGCUGUAACCUCUACUUUUACAAGACGGCCGUACUGUGGCCGUUCUUAAAAGUCCAGCGGAAAGUUUAGUAUUCCAAUGUUUUUCCUUAGAUCCAGGAAAGCUUGAACAUAACAGAAAGUAAGCAGUCAUAUUGUUUGAUGGAGGAUGGAGAAAUUUCGGGUAUUUUUGGAAGAGGAUAAAGUUUUGGGGCUUAGUCUUCGUUAUCCUAAAAACAGAUAGGCAGGCGGGAAGGAGUUGUGACUUCGUCGCCGACGGAAAGCAAACAAGAUGGGCAGAUUUACGCUAGCGGGGAAGAACACUAGCGUGAACUCCUUGUGGUCAAUUUGGUACUGUAUUUUGGUGCUGGGUUUGCAGGCAUACAUCACGUAUGUCGCUAUCGCCCAUUACCGACACAGCACUUCUCUACAGUGGGGUUCCAGCAAGAAGACGCCGUCCGAACUCACCUCUCAUGUCGGCCUUAUAUGCCUCUCUUUACUUUGCGUUCCUGUCUUUAUUAUCGCUUCUCUGUUUCGGGUUGGAAAUUACGCAAAUGACGGAGUCAAAUUUGGUCGUGAUCACGUGAUGCGAUUCAACAGCUUGGAUAUAGUGUCCAAGCCGGCUCGUUGUGGCUGGUUUAGGACCGUGUGGCGACAUUUUUGCCCCAUUUCCCAAACAGUUCAUCUGAUAAUGGCCUUCUGUUCUCUCCUGCCCACCACGAUGACGGUAGCCAUGGAAAUUAAAUACGGAUAUCAGUCAACAGAAACUAUUUGGAAAACGGACCUAGAUUUCCUAUUCCCCUCUGGCCGAGCUCGUGCCAGUGACCAGCUAGCCCUCAACUGGACAGAAAGUGGCAUUACAGGAAGUCCAGCAGUCCUGACCAGGAUUGUGGUAAAUCAGUCCAGUCCAUUGCCAGAUCCCACAGGCUGGGCCUAUCACAGCUCUGUCACACCGGCCUACGUGAACUUUUGUGCAGCUUUGCUGACAUUCUCAGUCCGUUACCCAGCUCCAUUCUGGUACACGAAUAAAAUUCUUAGCUGUAUUUUUGCAUCCUCCUUGUUGGCCAUUACCCUGGAAUCCUUGUUUGCCUUCUGUGGCUUUACCGUGCUUUAUAAGCUGAGCGUGAACAGCGGGGUCUACCAACAAGUGACAUCAGCGCUUGGACCCUCAACUUCGCUCAUUCUCUACAUGAUCAGUGGCUGCUUGCUCCUUUUGUCUUCUGUCGCCGUCUUUGAGUAUGGGUUUUACUUUUUCCAACAGAAGUUUCGUUUGGUUGAACAAAACCACCAUCCCCAUGUCGUCAAGCAGAUAAAAAUGACUGAAAAUAGCUGCCAUGGUUACAUACCUCAUUUCAGUGCCAUGGUUAUUCUUGUUUUAUUAGCUGCCUGUAAAGGACCAAUCAUAUUCGACCUUGUGCAAGUGUAUCGUGUAACGGGUGAUGCGUUUGUGUUGUCAUGUGUUAUCGUGGAUGUCUGCUACAUGCUGUUAUGGAUUGCACUCUGGUUCUUAUUGACAAUCAAACAGAAAUGGAUGUUUCGUAUUUUAGAUUACAUGUCAGUGGGCAGUCCUGUGUUCACUAUUCAGAAUGAACACGUGCUCCGCAAUCCCAACUUUGAGGCUAAUUCUGAAGGGUUAGAGCUUGCAGAAAGGAAGCGUAAACAGAGGAGGAGGGUCCGUGCAAGCCGGACUUACAGUGGGGAGCUGACAGGAAGUGAACGUUCAGAUGAUACAGAGAAUGCCACUGAUGAUGAAGUCAAUGACCAGUUGCCUGAUCCUAGCCUCCUAGAUAACCUGGGUGUUGAUGGUCUGGAAAGACAACGCGAUUCUGUUGAGGGAGUCCUGGUGAGAAAAAACAAAAACAGAAGAAGUCUUGGCCAGAGGGUGACCUUCGAUGAUGAUGUGAAAAUGAAAAACCUCACUGAUGAAGAAUCUUUUGAGAAAAAUACUAGAGCACAAAGAAUGUCCAAAAGUUUUGAUCCUAAGCAAGUUCAGUUAGAUGUAACGGCAGAUGUUCAUGACCCAGUUGUUCAGCAAAGGUUUAGUCGGGAGAACUCGCCCAGUAAAGCAAGAGGCAGUGCAGGGGUAGUCACCGUCGGCAAGCCUUCAGCAGCUGAGCCUGAAGUAAGGAACACAAUGCCUGAUUCACGAGAGAGUACCAUGACAAGGGAAUAUCGCAAGAAUAUCCGCAGUAAGUGUGGCGAGUAUUACUCAGGGCUUUAUCUUAAUGAUCUAGAGGAAGGGAGUCAGGAAUCCUUAGCAGGGAGUGGUUCGGUGAUCAGUAAUUCACAGGAUUCGCACAACACCCCUCUGGGUGGGAAGUCGCCCAUGAAAGCCUCACCAACUAUUAACAUAGAAAGUGCAAUCAACAAAACAGUAGAAGAGCGACAACAUCCAAAUGAGAACAGUUCAAUAAAAGACUCCAAGAAAAGAAAUUCCUUACAUAUGGAGAAGAGGAAGAGUGGCUCUUAUGUUGACAAUGUCCUUUCAUUACAAGAUUUACAAGACAUGAAGUCAGCAGCUCUGAGAAAUAAUUCUAGCAGCUUGCGAAAUUCACAAGAUGUUAAGCCUGACUUGCUUCCAAUGGACUCAAAUCAUUUGAUGCCGCGAGCCAUCAAGUUGGUGCAUGGAAACAAACCUGAAAUUGGAAGAAGGGACUCAGCCAAUUAUUCCAUGGCCUCCUCCCAAGAGACUUCCUCCAAUGAAUCAGAUCAUGGCCUGUGUAGUCAGGUGUAGAAACGAUAGACAGAAUGCUUUUAUCUAUUUAUAUAUUGAAAGAUGCUUUCUAUGCAAAAGGCUUUCCUGUGAUCCCAUGGUGUAUGGGGAAAAGUGUUCAAAACGCAAGCCAACAAUGGCUCUGCAGUGCUGAAAAUGUAUCAUUUUUUACAUAUUGACUUGUUUGUAUGGGUUACCAGAACAUUAUUUGUUUGUUAUUUACUUACUUUUCCUUAGUAUUACCUAACUCUAGGCAAGUUGAAAUUACGUGCUUCAACAUUUGAAGUACUGUUAAUAUCCCAUACUUAAACAAGAAUUUGUAAAGUCGUGCAAAGCAUGCAUUUUUGUGAUCUUGUAAUUAUGUUGUCCAUGUACUUGUUUGAAAUAAAGAUCGAUAUUUG